CAUCAAUCCAUCAUGCCGCACUCACUACCUGAAAAUUUUUCUGCAGUCUACAAUUUCUCGAUUGCGGCUUUACAUAUCGACGCGAACGGACCCUAUGUCAACAACGGUACAGCCGCGAUGACGCAGUUAUUCAGCUGUCCGCAUACGCAGGAGCUCUAUAAGAGCGUCCUUGUGGCACUCUCCAAAACCGGGCAAGUCCACGAAAACACCAAAUUAUACAACCGUUCAUCAAGCUUCCCGAACAUCAUCGUCUACUAUGGCGAACGCAAGUCUAGCAGCGCCGAACCUUUGCACUACCGCAACAUUCAGCACUCCCGAUCUCUUCGGUGCAAACUUCACUUCGCUGUCAGCGAACCUCGUUACGAACUAUACCUUUCCCAUCCCCGACGGCUGGCGCUAUUCUCAGCCGUCCAUCUUCGUACAAGACGCAACCUUCUGCAACGUCACGGUGUCCUACACACAUCCCGGCCAGAACGACACUCUCUACGCCGAAACUUGGCUCCCAAUCACAAAUUAUAAUGAUAGACUGCAGUCCAUUGGCGGAGGUGGUUGGGUAGCAGGACGCUUCAUCCUCACCUACGCGGGCAUGAUUGGAGCCAUAGCUGAUGGCUACGCAACCGUCACCACAGACGCAGGUCUGGGUUCAAAGACCUUCGAUCAAUGGGGCAUCUCCAGCCCCGGGAACACCAACGUCUACGCUCUCCAGAAUCUGGGUUCCGUAUCUCUGAAAGACGAGGCUGUCAUCGCGAAGCACUUCAUCCAAGACUUCUACGGUGAGAAACCGAAGUACUCGUACUGGAAUGGCUGCUCGCAGGGCGGAAGACAGGGCUCCAUGAUCGCACAGCGAUACCCAGAUGCGUACGACGGCAUCAUCGCAGCGGCUCCGGCAUUACACUGGGCGGAAGUUGUCUUAGGAAGCAUGUGGCCUGGCUUCUACAUGGAGAACACAAAGCAAUUCCCCAAUGCUUGCCAGUUGAACGGGUUGACGGCGCUGGCGAUCGAGGAGUGCGACCAAGAUGACGGUAUGAAGGACGGCCUCAUCGCUGAUCCAGAUGCGUGCUUGCGUAAAUUCAACGCCACCGCCCACAUCGGCAAGAUCUCCACCUACAACUGUACACUGUACGAUGGCACGCAAACAAUCGACGCCGCAACAGCUGAUGUUGCGCGUGCCUUGUGGACAGGACCGGUCUCUUCGUCUGGCAAGAAGCUCUGGUAUGGCUACAACAUUGGCACCGACCUAUAUUCUCUCGCAGCCACGAAUUGCACCAGCCUCGGCCAAUGUAGCGGCAAUGCAUACUCAGUGACGGCCGGAAUUGAUGAGACGUUCGUGGCAAAGGGCGGUCCCAUCAACAUCACCGACGACAAUGUUUCGCACAAGCGCUUUGACCACGUCUAUCACUCAUUCAAACAGCAAUUCGAUUCCCUCAUCGGCACUACUGACCCAGACUACACCGGGUUCAAAGAAUCAGGUGGUAAGAUAAUAACCUACCACGGUCUAGCCGACCCCACCAUCUCCCCCAACGGCACACUCUCCUUCUACCGCAAAAUCUCCGCCACAGUCCCCGAUACACCCUCUUUCUACCGCUACUUCAACGUCCCGGGCCUCGGUCACUGUUGGGGUGGUAAGGGUGGGCAACCUGUUGCUCUGUUCGAUCAGCUGCGUGCUUGGGUGGAAAAUGGGACGGCGCCUGACAGCUCGCCGGUCACGAUGACGAAGCCGGAUGGUGAGAAGAUGGAACAGGUACUGUGUGCGUGGCCGAAGAAGGCGGUGUUUGGCAAUGGGUGCGAUGUCAAUGGGAAUGUCACGACGGCGUGCUGGAGUUGCGAAUAAAUGAGAGUUGACAAAAUCCGUUUCCUGUAAGGAUUGCUGGCCAUUCAUUGAUUGAUUGAUUGAUUGAUUGAUUGAUUGAUUGAUUGAUUGAUUGAUUGAUUGAUUAGUUCAAUGUCCUAUGUGUGUCUAAGACCAUGGAGGACGGGAGGUACAGUAGCUCCUCUAGUAUAGAAGGAGGGGAAGAUACAACAAAGGGGGGUUUCU